CAGCAGCGAGGGGAGCAGGGGGAAGAUGGCGGCGGCGGGGCGCGGGCUGCUGGCGGCGGGGCUGCUCCGCGGGCGGGUCGCCAUUGUCACCGGCGGCGGCACCGGCAUCGGCAAAGCCAUCGCCGCCGACCUGCUGGCGCUAGGUUGCAGUGUUGUUAUUGCCUCUCGUAAAUUUGACCGAUUAAAAGCUGCUGCAGAAGAGCUGAAUAACAGAUUUGCCUCCAUGAGUCCUGCCCAAGUGACCCCCAUAGCGUGCAAUAUCCGCAAAGAAGAAGAGGUAGAAGCUUUGGUGAAGUCUACGCUGAGUCUGCAUGGGAAGAUUGACUUCCUGGUGAAUAAUGGAGGGGGCCAGUUUGCAAGUCCUUCUGAAGCCAUCCGUGCAAAAGGCUGGAAUGCCGUGAUAGACACAAAUCUGACAGGGACCUUCUAUUGUUGCAAAGCAGUGUACAAUGCCUGGAUGCAGGAACAUGGAGGAGCCAUUGUCAACAUUACUGCUGCCGUGAGAAAUGGCUUUCCUGGAAUGUCGCACUCAGGAGCUGCAAGAGCUGCAGUGGAUAACCUAACCAAAACUUUAGCUUUAGAAUGGGCUCACAGUGGAGUAAGAAUUAACAGCGUUGCUCCUGGACUGGUAUUUUCGGAAACUGCUGUUGCAAACUAUGGAGAACAAGGUGUAAUGAUGUGGUUGAAGAGCAUACCAAAGGUUCCUGCCAAGAGGUCAGCUGUUCCUGAGGAGAUCUCUCCUGCAGUAUGUUUCCUGCUGUCUCCAGCUGCAUCAUUCAUAACUGGGAUAACCAUGGUCGUGGAUGGUGGCCAGAGUUUGUAUGGCCAUGGCCUAGAAAUACCUGAUCAUGACAGAUGGCCCUCCCCACCAGAAGGAAAAAAUUCUGAAAUGCUGAAAAAGCUUGUUUCUGGCGAGUUCAAAUCAAAGCUGUAAAAGAAAGUGAUUUUACUCUUGCUGAUAAUCUCACUUUGUGAUUUGACCUUCUAAUUCUCAGUAAUAAUUUAUUUUGCUCAUAUAUAACUACAUUAAGUGCCUUGAUUGUUGUUGGUUUAUAUUUAAAACUUUUGAAAGGCUUUACAUUGUGCAUCCCUCCUCUGAAAACACUCACCCUGAAAUCAUUCAUUCUUUUGGGAAGGGAAAAGAUAUAAAAGACAGAUUAUCCAUUUACAUGGGCAUUGAGUAAUGAAGAAUCCCAGCCAGAAGUGAAUAAAAAGAAUACGUAUUUUGCAGUGAAGAUAGCCAAGAGGGAAUGUUUAGGAAUCCUUCUGUCCUUGAUGAAUUUACAGAGAAGGUAAUUUACAUCUUUUACUAUUAGUUGCAUCAGUAACCUUUGGGUCAGUGUUAGCUCUACACUAUUUCUGUUCAGCCACAUACUGAGUGUUCAACAAUGGUUUUACCAACUAGAGUAAGUAUUUCUCUGAAAAUAAAUAAAAAUAAGAUGGAAUGCUGUUAUUAGUGUUUUAAACUAAUGUGGCAUAUCAACUUUGAAUGUUUUGAAUGAUUUGCAGAUAUAAUGACAUAAAGGAGUUAAGCUGGCUGCAACUUAAAUUUGAUGACAGAAUAAGCAGAUAAUAAAUGGAGUGAUAAUAAAUACAUUAUAGAUUUAACAUGAAAAAUCCGUGGUGUAUAUUGCAGUGCUCUCUGCAGUAUGCUACACUAGUAAAGGAGAAAUUUGGAAUUCUUCAUUGCCAGCUAAAACACCCUUUAUCCAUACUUGUUGUCUUACAAUAUUAACAGAAUUUUUUUCGUCGCUGUCUUUGGGUGUGGUUUUUGUGAACAAUGCAGAGAUGCCAUUUCAAAAAUGGAAGUUUUGUAAUACAUCACUUGAAGAGGUUAUAUUUGUAAACUUUUUAUUCACUUUAAGGCAAAUGUUCCUAUGUCUGCUCACUUUAAUGAAAAUAUAAAAAUAUGUAAUGACUAUGUUUGUUUGCUGUAAGAACUGAAAUUCCUGGAAUCAAGUUGCUGCUAUAGAAGAGAACUUUUAAUACUUCAUUUUGGACUGAAUGUAAGAGUUUGAUGGUUGUGUGUUCUCUACAAUGAUGUUUGACUUUUGUGUCUUUCGGUAAUAUAUGUGUUCUUAUAUAGGUA